UGUGAAAAGCGUUUUUAGCGGCUUUACGCUGAUCGUGUCAUGUGCUCAUUUAAUACGAUUUAUAGCCAUCUAUACCGUUUUAUUGUCUCGUCCUUUGUUUAUGAAACGUAACAUUUGAAAUAACGUUCAGUGACAGUCAACGUAGUAGUCCACAAAUAUUAUCAGUGAUUUAUUUCGUAUUUAGUCCUGACCUUUUUCCCUAGCUGUAUUAUCUACAUUGUUGCUGUAGUCCGUUUUCGUUUUUAUAUUUGUUAACUGUGUUGGAGGUGGUCCGAAGAGAAAAAUGAUAGGCGUUGGGAACGCCGUGUUGUACCGGUCGAAAAAAGACAUCGAUCGCCAUGUGCAGGAACAGUUCGAUAAACUCAACAAUGAACAUGAGAAAAAUCUCAAAGGAUUAGCUAUUGCUCGUAUGUAUUACAAAGUAUCUGAAUUUGAGUUAGCCAAGCAAUAUGUUAUUACUUUUUUGAGUGUGAAUGAGAAUUCACCAGAAGGACGUCGUUUACUUGGUCAUUGUUAUGACAAACUUGGUAAUAAAGAAAAAGCAGUUAUAGAAUAUCAAAAAUCUUUAGCUUCAACCCCUAACCAACCAGAACUACUAUUAUUAUGUUGUGAGCUUAUGAUUGAUCCUUCUGUUAAGUUAAAUGAAGUUCAAGCUGAAAAAAUAUGUAAGCAAACAGAAAAUUUAUAUCCUUAUCAUCCUACUGUUUAUAAACUUAAGGAACGAUUAUUGACAUCAAAUGGAAAUUGUGAUCCUUCUAAAGUGGAAAAUUUGCUUAAUGCUGAAAUAUCUGUUAGGCCUGACGACAUAAAUCUUAGAAUUAAACAGUUGAAAUUAUUUGAAAGUUCCGGACGUUUGUCUGAAGCAUUUUCAUAUGCAAUUAACAUAGAAAAAACUUGCAAGUUUCAAAAAGAUAAUAUUGAAUGGUAUGAGACUGUUUCUCAGAUAUGUGAAGCACAUGGUACUUCAAAUACAGUAAAUUGGGAAUUCUAUUCACGGGUAUUGCCUUUAUAUGAACAUACUGCUUCUUUAUUUGUUAGUGAAUCAAAAACAAGCAAACAAAAAACUGUAUCGGAAUGCUAUAAAGUUCUUUUUAGACUUGACCAAGCUCUAUAUAAAGCUAUACAAUUAUCAUCUCCACAGACAGAGUUUUACCGAAGUCUCAUACAACAUAUAUCUAAUCAGUUUUAUUUUCAUUUAGCUAGUGUAAUUAUGAAAUUCACCAAAAAAGAAAAUUCAACAUCUUGGUACAAAAGUAACCAAUUGGCUGCACCAUUAUUUUUAAUGUCCUUAGCUCCUCCAAUUGACAAACAAGCAUUUGAAAGUAUAACAAAUAAAGAAUUUAGUAUGGAACAAAAAUCAAAUGUAGCGUUAUGGGAAUUAGAAGGUACUAGAAGGAUAAUAGAGAGUGGCUUUGUAUUACGCGCUAUGAUGGCAAAAGAAGACGAACAUUUUAUUGAUAAUGUUAAGUUAUUAUGUGUCAAUGAUUGGAAAACAACAAACUAUAAGAAAAUAUUUAAUGAUCCAGAAUAUGCUAAAGGAAUACCAACAUCACUAUUUAUUCAUUAUUCUCCAGAAAAAUUAGUCUAUAAUAUUCCAGAAUUAAUACAAUAUGCUGUUCCUAAACAUAUGUUGUCAUUUGAGAUGAGUCGUCCAGGUUCAUUACAUCAUUUAGUUUGGUAUGGAAUUCAACUAUUAGAAAGUGAAAAUAAAGGAUGUGGAAUAAGGUUAACUAAGAACACAGUGUUUCCAGUUGGGUUCGGAUGUAAAAGUUUUAACGAAUUGCCUUUGGCUACUAAUUCAUUUGCAUCUGCCAAUAUUGAGUCGAUUUGCCAAUUAGAUAUGAAUACAUUUUUAUAUGCUACAGUUUUAAGUGUUGCUUCAUUCUUGGAUAACCAAUCACAAAGAACUGAUCCUAAAGCACCACAGACAUUCCCAUCUAAUAUAACUGAUCAGUUAACAACAUCAGAACAAGAGAAUUGGUGGAAAUCAAUGUACAAAAUUUAUUCUAAAAAUGUUGAUGUUAAGCAUGUUUCACAAUUAAGAAAAGCUGCUAUCCAAGGGUUAGAGUCUAUUAGAUUAAUAGGAAAUCAUGGAAUGGAUGUACAGUUAAUGGUGUAUUUGGCGAAGAACUUUGCUAGCCAGGCUAACAAAAUAGUUGAUAACUUCCUUUUAAAAGAGGGACUGGAAAAAAGAGCUGUUCUCUUUUGGAGAAUGGCAAUACAGCUACUUGAACGUAUUACUGAACGUGGAAUUGAACACAAGUCAAAAAAUACAUUAUUUGAAUUCUACAGAAAAAAAUUGACUCAAGGAGAAGUGUCUGAAUUAUUGGAGGAAGGUAAAUUUUUUUUAGCUUGCCAGUUAAUGAAUAAUGAACAAAAUGAAGAAGCCAUAGAAGCAUUUAAAAACAUUAAUUCACCAUAUGCAUCAUUUUAUCAAGCAAUGAUUUAUAAGAAAAUGAUAAAACCAACUGCUAUUGAUACUUCUACGGAUAAUACAUUAACAGAGGCAAAUGAUACAUUGGUUGCAAAAGUCAAAGAAUUGCUAAAUAUUACAAAAAAUCGUUUAAAGAAAAAACCUCAACAUCCCUUGCACUCACAGUUAAAAGAAGAGUUAUUAGAUUUAAAAGUAGACUUUGAUAUGAAUGGGACUCUCAAUAGUCAAUCAAAUUUAAACUUGUCUGAAGAGGAUUAUAGUGAUACUGUUAAUAUAUCAAGGAGACAUUUGUAUAAUAAAUUUGGAGAUAGGUCAUUUCUCAAUGUAACCAGUACUCCUGUUAAAUCACCAAUUACUCCAAUCCGAAAAACAGUAGACGAAGAAAUCGAUGUUAAAUUAUUAAGUGAAUUAAAAGUUGCUGUACAAUCACAGAAUGUUCAAUGCCAAACUUUAGGAUUGCAGUAUUAUAAUAUGAUAGAAACAUUAAGAUCAAUGUCUGAAAAAGUUGAUAAAUUAUUUGAUCAUUUUAACAAUACAAAAGACUCAAUAUUUGAUAAAAUAAAUGAGUUGUCUCAUCAUAUUACCACAAAUAAUUCUAUAACUACUAUUACUAAUGAUAGACCUGCAACAGAUAGUAAAUUAAUUGAACGUAUUGAUAGACUUGAAGGAGUUUUGAUAGAAAAACUUAAUGCAAUGAAUGAAAUAAAAACCAGACAGGAUGAUUUGUAUGCUGUAUAUGCAGAAAAUGAAGAGGAAUUUGAUAAAAUUAAUUAUGAUCAAUCAUCAUGUAUCCAAAAUGCAUUUGAUGAUCAAACUCAAUUGGCUACAAUAAGUUUUCCAACAACUCAAUUACCAUUUUCAUCUACCUUACCAUUUCAGCAGUUUGGUUUAUUUAAUCCAACUAGUCAAUCAAAUCAAUUUCCAUCGUAUUCAAUGGCGCCUAACCCAAAUGUUAAUAUAACAUCGUCUGAUACUUUACCAACUGGACCUCCAGUGUCCCAGCCUCCUCUUAGUGUAAUUAUACCAACACACCACAUUCUUGGUGGUAGUUUAGUUACAUCUGAAGCUCCGUCCUAUCCUUUUAAAUUCAAUAGUCCACAGGUAAAUAGUCAAUCUCAUUCAGUCAUAUCUCACGGGAUACCUAAUAUUCAAUCAAUAUCGUCUGUUACUGUACCAAGUUCUGAUAAAUUUUCAUUUCAAUCUCCCUUAUCAACAUUUAAAGAAAGUUAUGAAACAUCAUUAAAUAAGUCUAAAAACUCGGCAACUGAUGAUAGUUAUACUGAAGAACACGAUCCUAUACCCGAAUUUCAACCAAUCAUACCAUUGCCUGAUAAAAUUGAGGAAGUUACUGGUGAAGAAAAUGAUACAAUAUUAUUUGAAAAACGUGCUAAGUUGUAUAAGUAUAUUGAAAAGGAAUGGAAAGAAAAAGGUAUUGGAAUAUUGAAAAUAUUGAGAAAUAAUGAUACAAACAAAGUUAGAUUAGUAAUGAGACGAGAACAAGUACAUAAGGUUUGUGCUAAUCAUUUCUUAUAUGACAAUAUGGAGUUAAAAUCUAAAAGUGAUAAAGCAGUUGUUUGGUCAGCUAAUGAUUUCUCUGAUGCUGUUAAAGUACAAGUUGAAAAUUUAUGUGCAAGAUUCAAAACAGUAGAAGACUGUAAAGAGUUUAUAAGAGUCUUUAAUGAAAACAAACAACCCUGUUCUCAAAAUACUUCAUUAGUGGAUUCCAAUGUUAAAGAUGAUUAUAAUGAAUCUGUGUUAGAAGUAAGUAAAGAUUCAAAUUUAACAUUAUCUUUGGAAAAUGAAAAAUCACUUAAACAUGAAUUAGGUGGUUUCACAUUUAGUUCCCCACCCAUUAUUAAUGAAAUUGCUACACCAAAAGAACAAAAUAAAACACCAGAAAAACCAAAAGGAUUAUUCUCUAAUUUAAGUUUUUCAACACCUACUGGGGAAACAGCUACACCAAGUUUUAAAUCACUAUUACAACCUUUAAACUCUGAAACUAAAACAGAUACAAAUGAUAAACAAUCUUUCUCAUUUAAUACAUCAAAAUCUGGAGUAUUUUCUACAGAGACAACUCCUAAAUCUACAGAAAAAUCACUAUUUUCAUUAAAUAAUACUGAAGAAAAGUCUGCUAUGUUUACUCCUAAACUAGAUUUUACAUCUGGGACAUCUGCAACAUCAUACUUUAGUACACUAGCAAAAAAUUCUCCAAAUUUUGGUUUCUCUAACUCUCCUGAUUUUAAAGGUUUCCCAGGUGCUGGUAGCACUAUUUUUAGUGUUAAAACAAAUCCGUCCCCACAUGCUAUUAUUAAAUCAGAAGAUGCCAAUAAUGAUUCUUCAAGUCAACCAAAUGAAGAAUCUGAAGAUUUUGUCCCAACUGCUGAAUUUUCUCCAGUUAUACCUUUGCCUGAUAAGGUAGAUGUAGUUACUGGUGAGGAAGGACUUAAAAUUAUAUUUGAUGAUCGAGCAAAACUUCUUAGGUAUGAUUCAAAUACUAAAGAAUGGAAAGAGAAGGGAAUUGGUCAAAUGAAAAUUUUACACAACCCUAAAGAUGAUUAUUAUCAGUUGUUAAUGAGAAGAGAAAUAAUAUUAAAAGUUUGCUGUAAUCAAAGAUUGACUGCUGAUUUAGAAUUGAAACCUGUGGCUUCAUCUGAAAAAGCUAUGUCAUGGAUUGGCCAAGACUUUUCGGAAGGAGAAUGUAAAAAAGAAUUGUUUGCUAUUAGAUUUAAAACUGUUGAGCAGCUCCAUGCAUUUAAAGAUAAAUUUAAUGAAGUUAAGAACAAACUACAAGAAUUGAAUGAAGUUUCUAGCAGUGUAGAAGCUAAAGCAGUUGAAACACAAUCUGAUAAUAAACCAGAUGUCAGUAAACCAUUACCCAAUUUAAGUGAUCUAGCUCAAUUUAAACCCAAACCUGGCUCCUGGACUUGUGAUGCAUGUUAUUUGUCAAAUAAUGCAAAUACUGUAAAAUGUGUUGCAUGCAAUACUAUAAAGCCGGGAGCAGUCGUUGACGAUGAUACUACUAAAAGCCAAUCAUCUGGUUUUACAUUUGGAAAAACAUCGUUUUCAUCCUCAUUAAAAUUUGGAGAUGCUUUGAGUAAUUCUCAGCCAGGUAUUCCAUUUGUUAUGCCAACAUUUGGUUCAUCAUCAGCAGUAUCUUUUAGUUCAUUGAGCACAAGUGAUCACACAAAUACAUUUGGUGCUCCAAUUAAAACUGCCGUCCACCAAAAACCUUUAACAUGGCGAGAAGAAAGUGCUGGACUAGAAAAAUAUGAUUCUGAUAAGAGUGCUGAUGAAAGUAUUGAAGGAACUGAUGAAACUGACAACGAGGAGAUUGAUGGAUAUGAUAGACAAAAAUCUACAUUGGAAAAUGGAAAAACACAAUUCACCUCAAAUGUUAAAAUUGAAAAACCUUCAUUUUCUAUUGAUAAAUCUUCAGCUUUAAAGUUAUCUGACAAUCAAGAGUCUGUUAAAUUUGUUGGUGUUAAAUCACUUAAAGAUGUGGUAUCUCAUACUGAUCAGGAACUUGCUGAAGAAUUGAAACUUCCAUUGUCGUUCUUCCUUUAUAAGUCAAAAGAUAAAUGUAAAGGAUGUGUAGGCUGUGAAGAAGAUUCUGAAACUAAGGAACAAGUAGAUGAUACAAUUAUUUCUUCAAAGACUGAUAACGAAAAGGAAAUUGAAAGAGUGAAGGAACAAGAUACAGUAUCAGUUGGUAUUUCGGAAUUAAAUAUUACCCCAGUCACAUCAACAAAUAACAUAACACAAUCUUUUCCAACUACAUCAUUUCUUUUUGGGGAUAAAUCUACAACCAACAUUUUUGAUAAGAAUACACCAAAUGCUCCUAUUUUUGGAUCCAAACCAAUUUUUGGAAGUUUCUCUUCAGAUUCUACUAAAACAGAUGAUACUAAAUCAACAAACUUAUUUGGUCUUCCCUCUACCAUGAACACUUCAUCGAUAUUUGGAUCAUUUUCUGCUUCUGGAUCAGCAGAGUCAUCAAAUACUACUCAAAGUUCAUUGUUUUCUAAGACUGAUGAUAUUAAAUCCAAAAAAGAAGGUUUAUUCAACUUUAGCCCUAAAACUGAUAGUCCCUUUAAAUUUGGAACAAUUCCUAAGGAUCCGAAAUCAGUUUUUGGACAGAGUCUUUUUGGUGUUAAAGAUAAAGCUGCUGUUGAUGAAAAUGCUCCUAAAGUUAAUCCUUGGGCAGGUAACUUUAAUCUUAACAAAUCCACGGAUGAGGAAAAAAAUUGUGAAAAAUCUGAAGAAAAUGGGGAGGAAGAAGUUGAUAAUAGCCAUGAUCCUCAUUUUGAACCCAUUAUACCACUUCCUGAUGCUAUUGAAGUAUCAACGGGAGAAGAGAACGAGAAAAUAUUAUUUUGUGAACGUUCCAAAUUAUUCCGCAAAGAUGGAAGUGAAUAUAAAGAAAGAGGUAUUGGUGAGAUGAAAGUAUUGUUUCAUCCUGAAAGGAAUACAUACCGUUUCUUAUUUAGAAGAGAAAAGGUGUUUAAAGUUGUAUGCAACCAUUUGAUAUCAUCAGAUAUAAAACUUAUGCCCAUGACAUCUUCAAACAAGGCAUUUUGUUGGCCAUGUAUGAACACAACUGAAGAUAAUCCUGAGCCACAAAAAGAGUUGCUUGCUGUACGUUUCAAGAAUGAAGAAAUAGCUAAUAAAUUUAAACAAGUUUUUGAUGAUUGUGUAUCAAAGUUAAGUGCAUAAUAUACACUAUUUUAUGCUAAUUAUUUAUUAGACUACCAAGGUUAUAAUUUGUUAUAGUUUACAUUAUCAAUACUUUAUAUUAUAUGAAAGACAGUUUUUUUUUAUCAAGUAAAUUAUUUGUAUUUUCUUCCGUCGAUACAUUUAUUACAGUCCAAAAGUAUAAAUCUAUUUGUAAUCUGUUAAUAAUGAUUCAAAUUAACCAUAUUUUUUUUAAAACUAUUACUCUGAUUU